CCAACCGUUUUUACUUUUCUAAAAUUUUCUUUUUUUUUCUUUCUCUUUUCACUGUGUCUGAACAUUGAACGAAACAACACGCGCUUAGUUCUCUUUCUUUCUCUAGCACUUUACUAUCUCCUCGUCGUAGUAGCUUCGAGAUCGGAAAAUGGCCAAACCGAGUGCCGACGAUGGCGAGCUCCGGCGGGCAUGCACGGCGGCGAUUGAGGAUCCCCACCAGAAGAUCGUGAUGGCGAUCAGAGUAGCGAAAUCCCACGGGAUCUUGGGAAAAUCUUCCAAGCUUGGCCGCCAGAUGGCGAAGCCAAGGGUUCUUGCUCUCUCCAUGCAAUCAAAAGGUCAGAGGACAACAGCAUUUCUUCAUGUUUUGAAGUAUUCUACGGGAGGAGUUCUUGAGGUAUGUGUUCUUCUGAAGCUGUUACAAAUACAUAUAUUCUCAUGUUUCACUACCUAUAUUCCCGUAUUAGGUUAGAUGUAGCCGUGUAGGUUAUUUAUUGUAG